AUGUCCAGAAAGAUAAUCCCGACGAUGUCAUUCCAGCCACUCCAAAAAGGAUCGUCACCAUCUUUGCUCCAUGUUGGUCCUCUGAAAGUACUAGUGAUUCGGAGAGUGACGAAGUUUGGUAAUUAUGAUGAGAAUCUUAAACAGAGUUUUAUUUCUAGUGCAAUACAUUCUUUCAUACUGGAUGUUGAAGAUGAAGUUGUAUUGAAACACUUCAACAAAGAAGAAAUGGAGGAAAUAAGUCAAACACCAGGUCCUGUCAUUCUUGAGUUGGCUGAAAAUGUGACAGAUUGUUUAAAUAAAUUUGUCAGCAAG